AUGUUAGAUAACCAGCUGCUAUAGUUUUUGAUUGGCAUGGGCUAUGUAACAAACUCAGCAAUUCUUCCUGUCUUGAUUCGAAAGGGUGGCUUGAUUAUCAGUGAUUCUCUAAACCACAACUCUAUUGCUAAUGGUGCUCGAGGCUCUGGAGCUACUAUUCGUGUCUUCCAACAUAACACACCCUCCCAUUUGGAGAAUGUUUUGAGAGAACAAAUUGGUGAAGGACAACCCAGAACACAUAGGCCUUGGAAGAAGAUAAUUGUUGUUGGAAGAAAACAGAGUUCAGCUGGACUGAAUUAUUAUAUGUGAGUGUACAUUGCCAAUGUUGUUUUGCUUCAAUUCGAUAUUGAAAUCUAAAAGGAGUCCAAAAAAUGUGUUUAGUG